UCUUCCACACGGGCUGCUGCCCAGACCAGGUAGGCAGGUAUGGGAUGGGGGUGAGAGUGCUCUGGGCCCUGGUAGUCUAGUUAAUCAGCUUCCAGAGCAAGGCCCCAAGGAAUAGCAGUGGGUUUGGGCUGGAGCUGCGUCUCUUGUCCACAGCAGUUCAGGAUCUGGUUAUCCCUAGCCCUGCAGGCUGAAGAGGAGCUUGAGGAAGCCUCAUGCAUGAAGGGACACAGAUCUCAGUUCUACUUUGUCCAGCUCUAGCCUGGCUUUGCCUAUGUACUGCUGAGUUCUGCAGGCAGUGGGGUGUGCUUUUCUGCUCUGCAGGCUCCUACCCCUUUUCCACUGAUGCAGGGUGAAGGUUGGAGUGUGUGAGAUCAGAGUGGAAGGGACGUUGUCUGGGGAACUAAAGGACAGCCCUGGGGGCAACUCUUGUGACCUUCUGCCCCAGGCUCCCAGCACCAUGACGGUUUCAUAUACUCUCAAAGUGGCGGAGGCCCGCUUCGGCGGUUUCUCUGGCCUGCUUCUCCGUUGGAGGGGAAGCAUCUACAAGCUCCUCUACAAGGAGUUCCUCCUCUUCGGGGCCUUGUACGCUGUGCUUAGCAUCACCUACCGUCUGCUGCUGACCCAGGAACAGAAGCACGUGUAUGCUCAGGUGGCCCGGUACUGCAACCGCUCAGCGGACCUCAUCCCCUUGUCCUUUGUAUUGGGUUUCUAUGUGACUCUCGUGGUGAACCGCUGGUGGUCCCAGUACACAAGCAUCCCGCUGCCAGACCAGCUGAUGUGCGUCAUCUCGGCUAGCGUGCACGGCGUGGACCAGCGGGGCCGCCUGCUGCGCCGCACCCUCAUCCGCUACGCGAACCUGGCGUCCGUGCUGGUCCUGCGCUCCGUCAGCACCCGCGUACUCAAGCGCUUCCCCACCAUGGAGCACGUGGUGGACGCAGGUUUCAUGUCCCAGGAAGAGAGGAAAAAGUUUGAGAGCCUGAAAUCCGACUUCAACAAGUACUGGGUCCCCUGCGUCUGGUUCACCAACCUGGCGGCCCAGGCCCGGAGGGACGGGCGAAUCCGUGACGAUAUCGCUCUCUGUCUACUUUUGGAAGAGCUGAACAAGUACCGAGCCAAAUGCAGCAUGCUAUUCCACUAUGACUGGAUCAGCAUCCCCCUCGUCUACACCCAAGUGGUGACCAUAGCCGUCUACUCCUUCUUUGCCCUCUCCCUGGUUGGCCGCCAGUUUGUGGAGCCAGAGGCAGGGGCUGCCAAACCUCAGAAGCUUCUGAAGCCAGGCCAGGAGCCAGCCCCAGCCUUGGGAGACCCAGACAUGUAUGUGCCUCUCACUACUCUGCUGCAGUUCUUCUUCUAUGCUGGCUGGCUCAAGGUGGCUGAACAGAUCAUCAACCCAUUUGGUGAGGAUGAUGAUGACUUUGAGACAAACCAGCUCAUAGACCGCAACUUGCAGGUGUCCCUGCUAUCUGUGGACGAAAUGUACCAGAACCUUCCCCCCGCUGAGAAGGACCAGUACUGGGAUGAGGACCAGCCGCAGCCACCCUACACUGUGGCCACGGCGGCCGAGUCUCUGCGGCCCUCAUUCCUGGGCUCCACCUUCAACCUGCGCAUGAGCGACGACCCUGAGCAGAGCCUGCAGGUGGAGGCGUCCCCCGGAUCGGGUCGGCCCGCGCCCGCCGCGCAGACCCCGUUGCUCGGCCGCUUCCUGGGCGUAGGGGCGCCCUCCCCGGCCAUCAGCCUCCGGAACUUCGGCCGCGCGCGAGGGACCCCGCGCCCCCCGCAUCUGCUACGCUUCCGGGCCGAGGAGGGCGGCGACCCCGAGGCCGCAGCCCGCAUCGAGGAGGAGACGGCGGAGUCCGGGGACGAGGCCCUGGAGCCCUGAGCUUUUACAAGCCUUGUUCCAUGGUGAGAACGGUCAUCUGUGAAAGUGGUAGAAAUGGAGAGUGGAUGGAUUUCAAGACUUCAGAGAAAAGAACCCACUGGUUUUAUGGACAGAUCUUGGCUCACUGCAAC